UGACAACCAGGUGUGCCCCAAUCAGACCCCAUUGGUUUUUUUGGUUAAUAGUUGAAACACCCGAACUACUACUGCUUACCCGCCAUUUCUUUUUCUUCAUUCAUUCAUUGGCCAUGAAAAGUCGCCGGAGAUCUAGUUCCCUUAAUGGAUCUAUGUCCUCUAGCUCCACGUAUUCCCCUACACCAGAUCGAUUACCUCAUUCACCUAACUCAUCCACUUACUCCUCCACUACUACAACUUCUCUCAAGUCAAAUUCCGGUAGGAAUCCGGUCAGAAUCGUUGCAGAUGCUUUUGUUUCAUGUUUCACUUCUCCGGAAACUAAGCCUUCGAGUUCUAAUUUUGGUGAUUCUGAUUCAUUUCAAGCUCCUUCAGUUGCAUCUGAUGGCGCAAGGGAGAAGAAACCCAGUAGCAGUAACAAUAGAGGUCGAAGCAUCUACGGAAGUGAAAAUAAUUCAACUCACAGAAAAAAAGCUGGGAGUAUUAAAUUCACCAUGGAAGAUAUCUACAAGGCCACAAAAAACUUUUCCCCAAGCCUUAAAAUUGGACAAGGAGGUUUCGGGAUAGUUUACAAGGGUUGCCUAGUGGAUGGAACAGUUGUUGCGGUCAAACGCGCCAAAAAGAAUAUACAUGAUAAACACGCGGGAGCUGAAUUUAAAAGCGAGGUUCGAACUUUAGAAAAAAUUGAACAUCUAAAUUUGGUAAAGUUUUACGGGUUCUUGGAGCAUGGAGAAGAAAGAAUUUUGGUGGUUGAGUAUGUUCCCAAUGGAACUCUUAGGGAACACUUGGACAGUGAGUUCUUGAUUUCUGAGUUUUCAUUUUCCAUCAAUAUAAUGUUAUGCUCUGGCAUUCACAAUUGCGGCUUUCAAUGCUUAUCUAUAAUACUGAUACCAUUUAAUGAUGCAGGUGUUAAUGGAAAUGUUCUUGAUUUUGCAUCAAGACUAGACAUUGGAAUAGAUGUAGGACAUGCAAUUACAUAUUUGCAUAUGUAUACAGAUCACCCUAUUAUCCAUCGAGACAUCAAGUCUUCCAACAUUCUCCUCACCGAAAACCUUCGGGCUAAGGUGGCCGAUUUUGGUUUUGCAAGGCUAGCAGCUGAUAUUGAGUCAGGAGCCACACAUGUUUCUACUCAAGUUAAAGGGACUGCAGGCUACUUAGAUCCUGAAUACCUGAGUACCUAUCAACUUACUGAGAAGAGUGAUGUCUAUUCAUUUGGUGUUUUACUUGUGGAACUUGUUACUGGAAGGCGGCCUAUCGAGCCAAAAAAAGAAAUCAAAGAGCGCAUUACUGCAAGAUGGGCAAUGAAGAAAUUCACCAGUGGAGAUGCAAUCUUAACUUUGGAUCCAAGGUUAGAAAGAUCUGCUGCAAAUAGUUUGGCCAUGGAAAAAAUUUAUGAACUAGCUUUGCAAUGUUUGGCUCCUCAUCGACACAACCGGCCUACCAUGAGGAAGUGUGCUGAGAUUCUAUGGAGCAUCCGCAAGGAUUACAGAGAACUAGCAGGCUGAAACCCCCCCCCCCCUCUCUCUGUUUGAAGAGUGAACAGAAUGUAUGUGUUUUUGUGUUGUAUGUACACAUAAAAGGUAAGUGGCAGGGAACGUAUUUCUGAUGGUGAGAAAGAUGUCAUUCAAAAGAAGGCGGGACAUAUUUUGGAAAGAUGUGAUAAUUACAUUGAUAUUGGAAUGUAUAGAUACGUACUAAGUAAUAUAUUUGAGGGAGAAAUGAGUACGUUGUAAUUAAUGGAAAUUUGGCCUCUUGGCAAAGAAUUGUGAAGGGAAAACCGUAGUGAUUUAUAUGAGAAGGAAUCUAACAACUUUUUGGUG